CUCUCGCCCUGCUGGCCGCCUGCUGCCUGGCCGCACAGCGACAGUUCCUGAACGAGUGGGCAGCCGAGAUCCCGGCGGGUCCCGAAGCUGCCAGAGCCAUCGCGGAGGAGAUGGGCUACGACCUGGUGGGGCAGGUACGGGCGGGCUGCCCCCGACCGCACGGGUCCCUUCCCUCCCGCUCGCUCUUCCUUGGGGAUCCCCCAAAGUUGUGCCGGGCAGCUGGCAGUUGCGGCUCCUUCUCCGGUGGAUCCGGAUCCGCAUCGCUCUGGGCUCCCCGCCAGCGCCGUGACCGGGGACGGCUCUGCCCGAGGGACCAGGCAGGGACCGGGCAGGGACCGGGAGGAGUGGGAAGGGACGAGGCAGGAAGCAGGCAGGGAGCGGGCAGGGUGGGAGAGGACCGGACAGGGCGGGAAAGGACCAAGCAGGGUGAGAAAGGACCGGAAAGGGAGCGGGUAGGGUGGGAAAAACCAGGUAGGGUGGGAAAGGACCAAGCAGAGUGAGAAAGGAUUGGGCAGGGUGGGAAAGGACCGGGCAGGAAGGGAAAGACAGGGCAGUGACAGGGCAGGGUGGGGUGAGAAGGGACCGGGCAAGGUGGGAAAGGACCUGGCAGGGAUCGAACAGGGUGGGAAAGACCGGACAGGGACAGGGCAGGGUGGGAAAGUACCGGGCAGGGACAGGGUAAGACGAGCAGGGACCGGGCAGGGACCGAACAGGGUGGGAAAGAACCAGACAGGGUGAGAAGGGACCGGACCGGGCGGACAGUGACUAGGGAAGCUGGGGAGGGCACCCCGCUCUCCUGAGGGAUGGGACAGAGUGGGGAGGGACGGGUCAGGGAGCAGGCAGGGACCGAUCAGAGACCGGAUAGGGAACAGGCAGGGGUGGGGCAGAGUGGGCAGGGAACUGUCAAGGACCGGGCAGGGUGGGCAGAGGACCGGGCAGGGAACAAGCAGGGAACAGGCAGGGGACAAACGGUGACCAGGCAGGGACCAGGCAUGGACUGGGCAGAGACCGGACAGAGUGGAAAGGGACCGAGUAGGGAACUCACAGUGACCACGCAGGACAUCCCAUCUCUCCCUGAGGGAACAGGGCAGGGAACCCCCGUUCUCCAAAGGGACAGAGCAAGAUUGGAUCUCUCAAAAAUCACUACCUAUUCAGACAUAAAAGCCAUCCAAGACGGUCGCGAAGAAGUGCCAUUCAUAUCACUAAAAGACUUUCUGAUGAUGAGCGGGUGUCUUGGGUGGAGCAGCAGUAUGAAAAAAAACGAACUAAGCGUGGCGCCGUGAUAGACUCUGCAGAAAACCUUUUCAACGACCCUAUGUGGAAUCAGCAGUGGUAUCUGCAAGAUACAAGAAUCACUCCAUCCCUGCCCAAACUGGAUCUCCAUGUUAUUCCUGUAUGGCAAAAAGGGAUUACAGGCAAGGGAGUUGUCAUCACAGUUCUAGAUGAUGGCUUGGAAUGGAAUCACACUGACAUCUACACCAACUAUGAUCCGAAGGCAAGUUACGAUUUCAAUGACAAUGAUCACGAUCCCUUUCCUAGAUAUGACUCAACAAAUGAAAACAAGCACGGGACACGCUGUGCAGGAGAAAUUGCCAUGCAAGCCAACAACAGAAAAUGUGGAGUUGGAGUAGCCUACAAUUCCAAAGUUGGAGGCAUACGCAUGCUGGAUGGAAUAGUCACCGAUGCUAUUGAAGCCAGUUCCAUCGGAUUCAAUCCAGAACAUGUGGAUAUUUACAGUGCGAGCUGGGGCCCCAACGAUGAUGGAAAAACUGUGGAGGGACCUGGGAGGCUGGCACAGAAGGCUUUUGAAUAUGGGAUAAAAGAGGGCCGAAAUGGAAAAGGCUCCAUUUUUGUCUGGGCUUCAGGGAAUGGCGGCCGUCAGGGUGACAACUGUGACUGUGACGGCUACACCGAUAGCAUCUACACAAUCUCCAUUAGCAGUGCUUCACAGCAAGGCCUUUCUCCCUGGUAUGCAGAGAAGUGCUCUUCAACUCUGGCCACAGCAUACAGCAGUGGGGAUUAUACUGACCAGAGAAUUACAAGUGCAGAUCUUCACAACGAAUGUACAGAGACUCAUACUGGGACCUCUGCAUCUGCGCCCCUGGCAGCAGGGAUUUUUGCACUGGCUUUGGAAGCAAACCCAAAUUUAACAUGGAGGGAUAUGCAGCACUUGGUAGUGUGGACCUCAGAAUACGACCCACUGGCUGGAAAUCCAGGAUGGAAGAAGAAUGGAGCAGGACUGAUGGUGAACAGCCGAUUUGGGUUUGGACUACUCAAUGCCAAUGCACUGGUAGAUUUAGCUGAUCCCAAAAGAUGGAAAGGCGUACCAGAAAAAAGAGAGUGCAUCAUCAAAGACAUGAGCUUUGAGCCAAGAUUAUUAAGAGCAAAUGAGGAAGUCAUCAUUGAAAUUCCCACAAAAGCCUGUGAAGGUCAAGAAAACUCCAUUGCAUCUCUGGAGCACGUGCAGCUUGAGGCAACGAUUGAGUAUUCCCGCAGAGGCGAUCUUCAUGUCACUCUGGUGUCUCCAUCAGGGACCAGCACUGUCUUACUGGCUGAGAGAGAGAGGGAUAAAUCUCCCAAUGGCUUUAAGAACUGGGACUUCAUGUCUGUUCACACGUGGGGAGAGAAUCCAACAGGCACCUGGCUUUUAAGAAUCACUGAUGUGUCUAGAAGGAUACAAAAUGAAGGAAGGAUUGUCAACUGGAAACUGAUUUUACAUGGCAUGGCGACCCAGCCUGAACAUAUGAAGCAGCCACGUGUGUACACGUCCUACAAUGCUGUGCAGAAUGACCGGAGAGGAGUGGAGAAGAUGACGGACUUUGUAGAGGACCACUCCACACAGGAGAACCUGAGUGAGAAACCCCAUGUUACAGGUGUUACGAGUAGCAGCAGUGACAAAGCAGAAGAUAAAAUCCCAUCAGAGGCCAUGCUGCAUCUCCUGCAAAGUGCUUUUAGCAGAGAGAUGGCUCAAAAGCGACUGCCAAAGAAGACUGCAAGCAAGAAGUUAAAUAUUCCAUAUGAACACUUCUAUCGAGCCCUCGAAAAGCUAAACAAGCCCUCCCAGUUAAGAGACUCAGAGGAAAAUCUUUACAGUGACUACGUUGACCUUUUUUACAACGCCAAACCAUACAAGCACAGAGAUGACAGACUGCUGCAAGCCUUGAUCGACAUUCUAAAUGAAGGCAACUGAGCUGUAGGGUCUGGCACUGAGUUGGAAAUGUUCAUUCUCCCCACCCCACCUGUAGUUUGUUUCAGAAGUCUGUUGUAUGCUCUAGUUGUGUGAUUGCUGCUUUGAUUGCUUCAUGUUUAAUACAAAUAUCAAUAAUGGGGAUAAACAGGGGUGGGAGGAUCAGACAGUGAACUCAUGCUUUUUAGUAACAGCUUUUUCCAAAGCCUUUCUUCAUUACUAUCAGAGUAGAUUUGCCCCUUCAGGCAUGAAAUGCAGUAGUAUUCCUCUGAAAAUCCUGAUACUCUAUUUUAAACAAUUUUCACCAUACUUAUUCUUCCACCCUAUUCAGUCAGCACGCAGUAGGAUUCCAAACACAAAUUACCAGAACUACCAAAGCUGUGGGGAUAUACUCUCAUCCCUGGAUUUGUAAUGAACAUUGCAGGCAUUCUUAAUAUUUGUCUUUUACUCUAGAUUUGACACUUGCAGUCAGCACUGCUCCCAUCAUAGUUUUUUCGUUCGUCCUCCAUAUGGCAAUGUUCCCUUGCCCUUCUGUUCUCCCAUAAGGGAGUAGCUGGGAGGCUGGAGUUGCACUGGAGCACCAGUGAAUUCUGAUGAUGUUACUCACAAUUCCACAGACUGACAUAAAAGACCCCAAAAGGAGGCAUCUCAAAUUGUGAGAUGGCAUUCUUGACAACUACAUUCAGCUGCCCAAGUGAGGUCUGUGAGUUACAAGAUUGGUCUUUCCAGGCUGUGGGUAGUUAGUGAAGACAGAUGCUCAUAUAGAUCACACUUCAGAGCACCUGGCUCAUAUUUACACUGAUUCAGAAUUACCCAAUGGAUCCCUGAUCUGUUUGUAUUGUCUCUAGGAGCUUGCAGAAUUGAACUAGCAAAACAUGAACAUCUCUAAGUGCUGCUAUUGCAGAGAGAGAGCACCAGCUUACUCUCACUAAUGUUUAAUUCUCAGCACUGGGAGCCAAUCUCCACAAUAAAUAUUCCCAUCUGGUGGUGCAGGACUACUGUUAGACCUGUGCACUGAAUCUUAGGGACUGGUUCCCUCAGAUAGCAGUGAUUUUAUCCAGUUCUCACUGAGGUAUGCUACAGAGAGGGAAGUUCUAGCUAUGCUCAAUCAACCUUUGAAAUAAUUUUUCAGAUUAAAUGGGUGGAAAACAGGACUGUGGUUUUUUUUAAGAUCAGCUCACAUGUUGUAGCCAAAGUUUCAUGAGAGGGCAAGUUUAAAAUGUCUUUUUUUUUAUGUUUCCAACCCAGAGUAGACUGUACAGGAGUAAAUUAUUUUUAUUGUUGGUCUUUUCCUUGGUGCCUGUGUGGAUUUUGUGAAAAAUGUAAAAGGAAAAAAAAAAGUUUUCUCUCAGAAUUUGAAAUUAUAUUUUCGUUACAGGUAUUUAUAAUAUAGCACAGAUUUUAUUGAACAGACCGAAUUUUAAAAGGCAUAAUAAAUAAUAUUGAAGAACUAGAUUUUUCUUGGGAAAGAGACAAUUUCAUCCAAUAAAGGUAUUUUUAAAAGGCAUGUUCCAAUGGCAAACGCAACAUGUAUGUGAUGUGAUGUUAACAUUUGCCUACUAGUAGCAUAAUACAGUGUGUGAGCAGAGCUGUGUGUGUGGUGUUAACAUUUGUAAGGUAAAGUAAAGCUACUGGCUUAAAGGGACCGGGAAAUGUAGUUUAGAGUUAAUGACUUGAGGAACCAACAAGCCUGGAUGGGGCUUUGAGCCCCCUGAUCCAGUGUGAAGUAUCCCUGCCUAUGGCGGGGGGUAGUGCUAGAUGGGCUUUGAGGUCCCUUCCAACCCAAUUCUAUGAUUCUACAAUUCUGUUCUAAGUUACUGAAAAUGGAGAUUGGCAGAGGAUUUCUUGACCAGGAGCACAAGAGUGCUCACCUUUCACCAUGGCAGCAAAGUAAGGUUUGAUGCAGACAUCAUGGUCAGACAACAGUCUGUAAUUCAGACCCAGUGGUUCAGUUUGGCAAAACACUCCCUGUUCCAUGCGUGGCUGGGUGUGCUGAAGGCACAACAAUGGAGAGGUACAGCAGAAGUAAAAUUCAGUGUGCAGGUCUUAACUGUCUUAAUCGUUACAGUGUGUGUUGUAUUGUUUAUAACAUAGCAAAGUGGGUCAAAGCCAAGCCCAAACCCAGGCUGCACAGAAGAGAAUGGAUUGAGAGCAGCCCUGAGGAGAAAGAAGGAUUUAGGGUGCUGUGGAAUGAGAAGCUCAACGUGAGCCAGCACUGUGCACUCGCAGCCCAGAAACCAACUGUGUUCUGGACUGCAUCCAGAACAGUGGGGCCUGUGGGGCGAGGGAGGUGAUUCUGCCCCUCUGCUCCUCUCUGGUGAGACCCCACCUGGAGUCCUGUGUCUGGUUCUGGAAUCUCCAAAAGUGAGAAAGAGAUGGAAAUGUUAGAAAGCAUCCAGAGGAGGCCACAGAGAUAAUCCAAGGGCUGGAGCACCUCCUGUACAAGGACAGGCUGGAAGAGUUGGGUUGUUCAGCCUGGAAAAGAAAAGGCUCCAGGUACAUCUUAGAGCAGCUUCCAGUACUGAAAAGGGCUCCAGAAAAGCUGCAGAGGGGCUUUUUACAAGGGCAUGGAGUGAUCGGAUGAGGAGGAAUGGCUUUAAAUUGGAAGGGGGAAUAUUUAUUUUAGACAUUAGGAAGGAAUUCUUCCUGAUGACGACAGUGAGGCCCUAGCCCAGGUUGCCCAGAGAGGUCAUGGGGGUCCCACCUUGGAGGUUGAACCCUCGAUCCAAUGGGAGGUAUCCCUGCCCAUGGCAGGGGGUGGAACUGGGUGGGCUUUGAGUCUCUUCUAAACCAAACCAUUCUAUGAUCUAGACCUGGUGGCUUUGGAUGACAGAACCCUGCCAGUUCUGUAUUCAGACAGUUGUGUUGGAAAUGCUACAAUGAAGUGGUACAGGACAGUGAGUCAAAUUCAAUGUGCAGGUCUUUGUUUCCUGCAUUGAAGUAGCAACACUUAGAGUAUGUGUUGCUUUCCGCCCUCUCCACCCCUUGCAAUUCAGGCCAGCACCAAAUCAGCCUUUACGUACCUGCAGUGCUGGAAAGGGCUGUAAAGAUGAUUUUUUUUGGUGGUAGCUAUCUUCUUGUGUCUCCUAUGGUGUACGUUCUCUGAGGACCGUGCAGUGGAAUGCAGAAUUUGAAAUGUUCUCCAGCCUGUGCUGACCUAUGCUGGUGCAGAAGGAUGCAGUUGCCUCUGUAAGAGACCCUUCUCCUGGUGUUGGGGUGGAUGGACAUUGCCUUUGGGCAAAUGCUGUGGAGGAGAAUAUGGCUGUUUUUCAAAGCUUUGACUGCUUGAGAACUCCAGACUGGAUACAGGGAAGAAAUUAUUUAACGUGAUGGUGAAGCGGUGGCACAAGUCGACUAGAGAAGUUGUGGAGGCUGCAUUCCUGGAAACAUUAAGAGUCAGGUUGGAUGGGACCUUGAGUAACCUCAUUUGGUUAAAGAUGUCCCUGCAUCUACGGGGCUGUUGGACUGGAUGACAUUUACAGGUCCCUUCCAACCCAACCAUUCUAUGAUUCUAUGACUUAUGGAUCAUAUUUGGAUUCAAUUUGCUCCUUGAGUCUCAGCUAACUACUGCUCAAUAAACAAAACCUAUCAAACACUGUUUGGAUAAUUAAAAUAUUCUCUGUGCUUUCAGUAAGCCACAUUUCCACAGCAGAAAUACUUCUGCUGCACAUGAAUAGAAAAUAACAUAAAAAAAAAAAUCUAAACCUACAUUCAGUUGAUAUUGACUCGUUUCCACACUGAACAAUGGAUUCUCUCUCACAUUGGCUCACUUUUUUAACUGUUGGGUUGCAUUUCAGCUUUUUCACUUUAUUUGUUUUGAGUUAC